CCCGGGUAGGUUUCGCGAGGGAGCGAAUUACGGGACCGAAGGGGUAAAAAGAGGGAGGUUAGUAGGCCCUUGUGGCAGUAGGACAAGCCCGGAGUUUUUGACCCUAUCACAAACGGAAUUCAUGUGAUAAGCUGUCUAACGCGCACUUGUCUUUGUCCAUCCAGAAGGCUACCGAAUUUGAUUUUCGAUUCGCGUGGAGAGAGAAAGAAUAAGACGUUCACUCGCGGAACUGAAGACACAGGCGGUCGCAGAUGUCGUACUACUCGUCCUCCCACAGCUCUUCGCGCAACAUUGACUGCAAGGUCUAUGUGGGGGAUCUGGGGAACGGCGCGGCCAAGGGAGAGCUGGAGCGGGCGUUCAGCUACUACGGCCCCCUGCGCAGCGUCUGGGUGGCCAGGAACCCGCCCGGCUUCGCCUUUGUAGAAUAUGAAGACUCCCGGGAUGCAGAGGAUGCUGUGAAGGGGAUGGACGGCAAAGUGCUUUGUGGGACUCGGAUCCGCGUGGAGCUCUCAACAGGGCUGUCCCGGAAGACCCGCUACGGCCGGCCGGCCCGCCGGCACUUUGACCCCAACGACCGGUGCUACCAGUGCGGGGACAGGGGUCACUAUGCGUACGACUGCUACCGCUUCAGCAAGAGAGGAGGCAGCCGUCGGAGCAGGUCUCGGUCUCGCUCGCGCUCUCGGUCCCGCUCCAGGUCCCGGGGACGACGCUACCGCUCCCGUAGCCGUAGCAACGACCGCAGGUACCGCUCUCCGUCAUACUCCAAGCGCAGGAGCAGAUCUGGCUCCUCAGCUCGGUCCAGGUCCAAAUCCAGAUCUAGAUCCAGGUCCAGGUCCAGGACCCCAGUGCGGAGCCGUUCUCGCUCCCGCUCCCGUUCCCGCUCCGCGUCACGGUCUCGGUCUCGCUCCCGCUCUCGCUCCAGGUCCCGCUCCCCCAGCCCCAAGAGAGAUGGGUCACCCAUCCAAGAAUGACCUGGCCAGACCUUGCUUAGCUUCAGAGAGACACGCACAGAGCUGAUGAGAUCAGACUCCGAGGGGCACUGUUUGAGUGAAGGCUGGAGGUCCUUUUUUUUUUUUUUUUUUCUUCCUCCCUCAGAUCCAGCCUCCCUUUGAUUAGCUUCAGAGAGAAAACAAAUCCCAAAAGAGAAAAUCUGACGUGAUCAGACUCCAGUGAUGAAUUGCUGCAGGCUUUUUUGUAGAGUGGGGGAGUCGACCGGCGCAAGCCCUGACCAGGUUCAUCCUUGCUGUGUCUUUAACGUCCGCGAGGGAAAAGAGCUGACGAGAGAUCAGUCUCCGCCACGGGGGUUAAAGAGGUCGUCCGACGCACGUUCUGACAAGACACUUCCUGCGCGCACACACACUGCUGUUCUCCCUCCCUCCCCAACCUUUGCAUUUCCCACCUGAAUGCUGCGCUGAGAUCAGUCGUCCGCAGUCUUUUAUGCCCCGCCCCCUCCAAAGCACCAGCCUCUUGCUUAGCUUCUGAGAGGGUGAGAGGAGAGCUGACGAGAGAUCAGACUUCAAGACCCUCCAGUGUCUUCAAGUUCUCUCGUCCGUCGAGUCUCUGUUCAUGUUGUUUCUGCCACUGUCUCCAAAGGUAACCAAUUCAAGAGUCAAAUGUCAUUUAUGAUCAGAACCCAGCCCUGAACGCACAAUACUCCCAAGACUACUGUAACAGAUAUUUUUACUGUUUCCCUAGUGUAUUCUGUCAUUAUUGAACCCCCCUCCUUAACUUGUAUGGGUAUAUGUAUAUUUGUUGAAACAUAGGAAAUGUGGGGGAAAAUGACUGAUUUGAAGGGGAGCAACCCAUAGGAGGGUGGGGGUGGGGUUUGCUUUUACCUCAUUUAGUAUGGGUGGAAUUUGAUGUGCAGAGCAUUUAACUGUUGCGUUCUGUGGCCUUGGGAGAUACAGCAUAACCACUCUUCCAUAUGGGCAUUACUCUGUGGCUUUAGUGCUUUAAUUUGAGCUGUUACUCUUUAGUCACACCUUGAAGUCCUGACGUAGGUGGCCCUUGUGUUGGGUUGAAUGGCUGGGACUUGGGCUCCCUCAUCCUGGGUUCUGAAUCUAACGUGUUUCUGGUGCUGCUGCGACCCAGAAGCACUGCCUUUCCCCUUUUUUAAGUGCCCGGUCCACAGGAGUCAUGUGACUAAUGCUUGUUGGAGGCAGUCUUGGUUUCUUUAUCCAUAUGAGUUUUCUGGUGUGUGUGCCGGGUGGGAGAGGGUGAAGUGUGAGCUCCAUGCUCAGACCUCAGCUCCUGCCUCACUUGCAGUGUCCACUUUAGGAUAUCUUCUAUCAAGCUAGCAAGCCUGUUUGAUAGAUUAUCUGGGUAUCUUUCUAAGGUAGCAAGUUGGGUAGCAGGCUAGUUCCAAGUUGGUUGUUAACCCUUCUAGGUGUUACAUAAUGAAUUGGCUUGCUAACACCUUGAUUGCAACAGUCAAGGAGUUUACUAGGCAUUAAUCAAGUAUUGUCUUAAUCAGUUGUAUUAAGCAAACAAUUGUCUCGAUGUCUAGCUAGGUAAUUUUUACUGUAAUACAGAUCACUUUAUUAUGUUUGCCAUCCUCGAAGAUUAUGGCUGCAUACCUCUUAAUCUUGCUCACUUGCAUUCUAGCUAGUCACAUUUAGUACCUUGUUAAAGGUAGGAUGCCUCUUAUCUCACUUGCAAAAGUUCCACCACAGACACCUUCAGUAGGCAGAUGAAAGUGAAUUGCUGGAAUGUGAUGGCUGCAUAGGCUCUUGUGGUGUCCUUAGUUCUGAGCGCUUGCUUCCUGUGCUUAGUCACUGAAGUCCUCAGUGCAGACGUGAUGACCUCUGUUGAAAGGAACCCAUAUCUCCUGUGAAUGUACUGUAAACGUAGGUUUAUUGUGCAGUUUCCUAAAGCUGACAGAAAUGAGUGGUUGGUGGGUGUGAAGUGAAGAGAGUAAGAAAGGCAGUAGUGACUUUAAUGUGGUAGGACUGAGAUGGAUGCAUUGAGGAUGUCUUAAAGUGGGCACUGCAUUCACUCCCAACCCUUCCCACAGGGCGGUGUUCACACCCUCUUGCCGCCACCUGCUGCUGAAUGGCCCAUUGUUUUCUUUUCACUGUUACUGAUGACUGGAUUGAUUAUCCUUUGUUCCUUAAUCUGGGGAGGCCUUCUGCCACAGAGUCCUUAGUCUCCCAGUAACACUCACUGUUGUAGGGUGUAAGCAACCUUGCCCUUUGGUGCCAUAUGAUUAUUUAAAUUGAGGAUGAGUGAGUUUGGGAGUGAGGCAGGAGCUGUUGUGGGUUCUGUUGCUGGAGGUAUUACUGAUGUUAACGUGCAGUCAGCUGCCACCCUGUACUAACACAGGUCUCUGUCCAUUUCAGUCGUUCCAGGUCGCCCAGCCAGAAAAAGAGCCCAACUCCCAACGCAGACUGACCGGAGAAAGGAGCACCCCCCCCCCUCCUCUCCCUCCCCUUAACCCCAUCCCACCUUUCAAACCUAAUUUGGAGCUUGAAGGCUUUUUGAUUUUCUUAUUUUUAAUUCGGGCUACCCCUCCUGUUCCAUUUCUACAGCAGUGCAGGUUUCAAUUUUGCCUUGCCCAGUCCAGACGGCACAUUCCAGAACCGCCUGUUCCAGUGUUUCUUUCAGCUGCCCUCUUUUUAUAAAUGAGAAGUUUAAAUAUUUAAACAUUUUUAGCUAUCUUGAUUUGUACUCCAGGUAGCCAAUUUGCCAGUCUUGCUUUCAAAUUUUUAUUUUGAGUAUAAAUAUCUUUAUAAAUGCAGUCUGUGGUUUUAGCUGUAAAGUGUUGUAGGUGAGUUUUUACUGGACUCCUGACACCAGGUAGCUGGGCCCACAGGUAAUGGCAAAAGUUGUACUGGAAGCAUGAUU